GGGUCAAUACCAGUUUCGGAAUCGGAUUUGGGCUCGCCUCUCCUGUAUUGCUGCACAAGCAAACUGACUUUACAUCUUCACAAAUUUCUGCGAUUCCAUUUCAGAUCACAAUUUCUCUGCUACAGCCCACGGAAAUCAGUUGAAAAAAGUUGAAUGAUGACGAUUGACUUUAGCGGACUGGAACCCUUGGCCUCACUUUGCGUAAUCAAAGAGCAUGACGAGAUCUCAAAGCCUCUUUCGUUUGAACUUCCUAUUACUGGUGAUUUUGAUGGGUUUCAGAGAGAAGCCGUCCAAAUGGUGAAGCCAGCAAAGGGAACCACUACCCUAGCUUUUAUUUUCAAGGAAGGUGUUAUGGUUGCUGCUGAUUCGCGUGCUAGCAUGGGAGGAUAUAUAUCAUCACAAUCUGUUAAGAAAAUCAUUGAAAUUAAUCCAUACAUGCUUGGCACAAUGGCUGGAGGAGCUGCUGACUGCCAGUUCUGGCACAGGAAUCUGGGUGUUAAGUGUCGAUUGCAUGAACUGGCAAAUAAGAGAAGAAUAUCAGUAACUGGAGCCUCAAAGUUGCUGGCUAACAUUCUCUAUUCUUAUCGGGGAAUGGGUUUGUCUGUUGGAACUAUGAUAGCUGGCUGGGAUGAGAAGGGUCCUGGCCUGUAUUAUGUGGACAGUGAAGGAGGAAGGCUGAAAGGAACUAGAUUCUCAGUUGGAUCUGGUUCACCAUAUGCUUACGGUGUUUUGGACAGUGGCUACCAUUAUGAUAUGUCUGUUGAAGAAGCUGCAGAGUUGGCUAGACGAGCUAUUUACCAUGCAACAUUCCGUGAUGGAGCCAGUGGUGGUGUUGCCAGCGUUUAUCAUGUUGGACCAAAUGGAUGGACAAAGCUAUCUGGCGAUGAUGUUGGAGAACUUCACUACAAAUACUAUCCAGUCGAAACAGAAGUUGUAGAACAAGAGAUGGCUGAACUGUCAGUGGCCUGAAAGAACGAUGUAGAAUAUUUGCUAGUGUGCAUCUGAAUGACAUUUAUCGCAUUGAACAUGCUGAACUUGUUUUGCUUCUUGAUGAAAGUUUAAGUCCUACCCUUCUUGAUGCAAUUGUGGGGACUUUGUUUGCGACUCAAAAUUAGAUUACAAUUGCACACCUUUCUCAUUUCUUCGAUAUUGAAUACCUUAUUGACUUUGAGACUACCAUUGGCAACGAAGCUCAACUUGACUC